CCUCCCCCUGACGGCUGCGAUCGCCCGGCCGGUCACCUCCCCCAGGGCUGUGGUCUCUCCUUCCCUGCCCCGUCGACGCUGGCUCCCCUCUGUUGCCCUGGGGCCGUCAGUAAUCAGCAGCCUGACCUUGGGCGAGUCAUUUCACCCUCCAAGCCUCUUUCCCCCCAGCGGCCAGGCACCUCGGUGUUCCUAACUGAGCUUGCAUCCAAUGGCUAGAAGUAAGAAAACAUCCGUGCUGCAAAAUGAGGUUUCUGAACGCAGCCUCUCUGCCGGGAGAGGAGCGGGCAGGUGCCACCCGGGGCCGUGGCUUGAGAAACCUGGGGACCGCCCAGACACUGUGGACGGAAGGCCCUACACCCAGAAGCAGGACGUGGCUCUUCUCCUCCCUGUCCACCUUCCGCCGUGCCCCUCCCUGUCGCACUGGACCGCGCAGCCGUUGCCGAGUCCCGGGGUGGAGCCCCGUGCACUUUCUGACCAAGAGCGACUGAGAAGGGAAGCAGGCAGGAGUCGCCUUCAGUCUGGUUUUAGGACGGCAGCCUCUCCAUUAUUAGCAAGUCUUCCUUGCUUUGUUUUGGUUGACACAUCUGUCAACAUCACCCUUAGCACCGCCUGCCCGGGCCACCACGUGAUGAGGCUGUAAGCCGGCCCUUCCUGUAUUUACUUUCUGCUCUGAUAUUAUGUAAGUGUCAGCAGUGUUCUUCACUGCCCACGAGCAUAAUUCUUCAUCACACAGGAGAGGGCAUCCGGGCAGGAAAAGAUAGUGAAGUCGUGAGUUCCAGCUUGUGGUAGCGCCUGUGUCUGUUUUUGUUCCAUAUGGUUAAGAAUGUUUUAGAACGUCCGGAGGACCAGAGGUUAAUUUAUUCUGGGAAGCUGUUGUUGGAUCACCAAUGUCUCAGGGACUUGCUUCCAAAGCAGGAAAAACGGCAUGUUUUGCAUCUGGUGUGCAAUGUGAAGAGUCCUUCAAAAAUGCCAGAAGUCAGCGCCAAGGUGGCUGAAUCCACAGAGCAGCCCGCUGGUUCUAAUCGGGGACAGUAUCCUGAGGAUUCCUCAAGUGAUGGUUUAAGGCAAAGGGAAGUUCUUCGGAACCUUUCUUCCCCUGAAUGGGAGAACAUCUCAAGGCCUGAAGCUGCCCAGCAGGCAUUCCAAGGCCUGGGUCCUGGUUUCUCCGGUUACACACCCUAUGGGUGGCUUCAGCUUUCCUGGUUCCAGCAGAUAUAUGCACGACAGUACUACAUGCAAUAUUUAGCAGCCACUGCUGCAUCGGGGGCUUUUGUUCCACCACCAAGUGCACAAGAGAUACCUGUGGUCUCUGCACCUGCUCCAGCCCCUAUUCACAACCAGUUUCCAGCUGAAAACCAGCCAGCCAAUCAGAAUGCUGCUCCUCAAGUGGUUGUUAAUCCUGGAGCCAAUCAAAAUUUGCGGAUGAAUGCACAAGGUGGCCCUAUUGUGGAAGAAGAUGAUGAAAUAAAUCGAGAUUGGUUGGAUUGGACCUAUUCAGCAGCUACAUUUUCUGUUUUUCUCAGUAUCCUCUACUUCUACUCCUCUCUGAGCAGAUUCCUCAUGGUCAUGGGGGCCACCGUUGUUAUGUACCUGCAUCACGUUGGGUGGUUUCCAUUUAGACCGAGGCUGGUUCAGAACUUCCCAAAUGAUGGUCCUCCUCCUGACGUUGUAAAUCAGGACCCCAACAAUAACUUACAGGAAGGCACCGAUCCCGAAACUGAAGACCCCAACCACCUCCCUCCAGACAGGGACAUGCUAGAUGGCGAGCAGACCAGCCCCUCAUUUAUGAGCACAGCAUGGCUUGUCUUCAAGACUUUCUUUGCCUCUCUUCUUCCAGAAGGCCCCCCAGCCAUCGCAAACUGAUGGUGUUUGUGCUGUAGCUGCUGGAGGCUUUGACAGGAAUGGACUGCAUCACCUGACUCCAGCUAGAUUGCCUCUCCUGGACAUGGCAAUGAUGAGUUCUUUAAAAACAGCGUGGAGGAUGAUAUGCUUUUGUGAUCAAGCAAAAGCAGAAACGUGAAGCCGCGAUACAAAUUGGUGAACAAAAAAUGCCCAAGGCUUCUCAUGUCUUUAUUCUGAAGAGCUUUAAUAUAUACUGUAUGUAGUUUAAUAGGCACUGUAAGUAGAAGGCCUUAGGUGUCGCAUGUUUAUGCUUGAGGAACUUUUCCAAAUGUGUGUGUCUGCAUGUGUGUUUGUACAUAGAAGUCAUAGAUGCAGAAGUGGUUCUGCUGGUACGAUUUGAUUCCUGUUGGAAUGUUUAAAUUACACUAAGUGUACUACUUUAUAUAAUCAAUGAAAUUGCUAGACAUGUUUUAGCAGGACUUUUCUAGGAAAGACUUAUGUAUAAUUGCUUUUUAAAAUGCAGUGCUUUACUUUAAACUAAGGGGAACUUUGCGGAGGUGAAAACCUUUGCUGGGUUUUCUGUUCAAUAAAGUUUUACUAUGAAUGACCCUG